AUGUUUCCUACAUUUGCAUCGUUGCUCUCGUCCCUUGCGCUGCUCCAGUGCGCUCAGGCCUCGCCGACAGGCGCUACGCCCGACAAGUCCAUCAACAAACGCGCAGUAACACCAGUUCUCUCAGCCGCAAGCCAGGUGGCAACCGCCUCUUAUCCAUACUGGAACCGGGACUCGUGCACAUCAGUCCGCGUCCAGUAUCGCGAAUUCUGGACUUGUCGCGACAGCGCCGGCCAGGGCGGGCAGUUCUACUCAUCGACUGCCUCCUGGAGUGACUUCAACAAUGGUCCCCUGAUCACGAAUGGGCAACUCUACCUCUAUGGAGACGACAAUGGAGAGUACUUCAAGAACCAACCCGAUGAGUGUCAAGCUGGAUCAAACUCGGGCAACUGUAUGAACGGUACACGCUAUGCGAUCUGGCCUGAUUCACCACCCUUGCCUGUGGCUGGGUCAAACAAUGCUGUCAAGUUGUACACAUGGAUCAUCAAAUCGUACCUCAACAAUGACCUCUCACCCAUUACCAAGAAUCCGGCUACCAGUCUGUAUCGAAGUGAUUACAACCCAGCGAAUCAAGGCGUAAGCAAGACGCUUCCGCCAGUGACACUUGUGAACGAGAACUUCUGGCCUGCGCAAUCCAUUCCUUAUGGUUCUUACGGAUGGGCAAUCUCCCCUGACGGUAAAACCGCCUAUCUCUACGGUCAGCUCAACAACGGCACCGCCAACCUCGGGGCAGCCCUCGCUCGCGUUCCCAUCAACUCCAUCGAGGAUAAGUCCCAAUACUCCUACUACAACAAUGGCGGCUGGUCCUCCACCGCCCCCUCCCUAACCAGCACCUCAGCCCGCAUCGCCAACGCCGGCACCAAUGGCCAAGGAACAUUCUACUACUCGUCGUACUUCAGCUCCUACAUGUGGCUGGGCGCCGACUCAAUCAACAUCGGCUCCGGAUUCUACGUCGCCACCGCGCCGAUUCCCGAAGGACCCUGGACGAGCCCGAUCUUGUUCUACAACGGGACGAACGGCAAUGCGAGUCUGGGUGCUUAUAGCCAGCAAGCACAUCCGGGUUUGACGAGUAGCAAUGGUGGCGGGAAUGACAUCUAUUUGACGUUCUCGAAGAAUGAUAAGGAUGCUGCGAAUAGUAGUCAUAUUACGACGACGCAUCCGUUGAUUCAUGUGAUUUGGAACUAG